AUAAUGCAAUGACAUGAUGACAUCCAAGCCUUAAUCCCUUCUAACAAUGUAGCAAUUACAAAUCUGCUCAGCGUCUUCUCCCAAUGAGCCUUAGUGACUCUGCUCAGCGUCUUCGUUUACGUUCCAAACUAAGUUUCUGACAGGAGAGUUGCAAGGUCAGCUAAUCUACCUCGUCUGGGUUAGACAGAUAUCGACCCUAAGUCCCGAAAGUCUCUCGCCCGCCUUUGUCUCCCUCUUUUCUUUGGUUUACUGAUUAUUGGCGGUGAUUGCAUUUAAAGGAGACAAAUCUGAUUGUACCCUUCCGUUUUCCCAUCUCCUAUGAAACGCCAGUUAAAGAGAUUGGGGAAUUUCUUGCAGUUUUAAGUUUUAACCGUUCCCUAAAUUUCAUUUUAACGGCGUGGUUUCAUCCAUUUGCAAAGGUUCUUUUCCGCUGCUCAGCACUGUUCUACAGGUCGGCGUACCUUGAUUUAUGCGGUUUUUAGACAACAUUGAUGUUGAUGGUGGUUAAGAACUACUUGAACUUAUGGAAAUGAAAAGACACGUAAGAUGGAAUUUUAACGUUUUUCUUACAUAUGAAAGGUUUUGUGCGGACUGGUACACAAGUGGUGAGAGACAUGUCAACAAAGAUCUUUGAUCCCAUAAACAUCUAGAAAAUGGGCGGGUCAGCGAAUUAUAUGUGCAUUAAAUGUGAUGGAGGGGGGAAGAUGUUAGUCUGUAGUGAUAGUAGCUGUCCUAUAGUUGUGCAUGAGAAGUGUAUGGGUUGCCGGCCUUACUUUGAUCGCGAAGGAAACUUUUACUGCCCAUACUGUUUAUGCAGACAAACAACUGCAGAGUCGAGUAAAGCAAUGGAGCUUGUUUUGCUUAAAAAGAGAGCUCUGUCCGCUUUCCUGAAUAAAGAAACAGUUAACAGUGAGAAACUGCUCCCCCAACCAUCUCAUGUCUUUCAGAGUAAAUAUAACCAUGAUUCUGUAGACGAUAAUCCCAAUGCUUCAGUGGCUGGAAAACAAACAGUUUCUGACAUGAUUGUUGCUGAUGGAUGUGAAUCUAGUGACAGACAAGAGCCUAUACGGAAAUUUAGGAUUGUAGAAGUUGGCAAUAGGAUGGAUGCAGAACAUGAUUCAGAUGUUGAUGUUCAACCACUUCAUGAUAGAGAUGUUGAAGAUCCUCAAGAAGAGUACCAACCAAAUAAGAUACCUGAACGAGAAAGGAAAAUGGCCAGAAAAUGUAAACAAAUUUCUGUGCAAAAUGAUCUGAGGAAUGAGGAUUGUCAAGAAAAUGGGCAACCAAAGAAGAUUCCUGAAGGUGAGAGGAAAAUAAAGAGAAAAUUCAAGCUCAGGCUAGCAGAAGAUGAACAAGAGGUUAAUGACCAACAACUAUAUACAGAUGGUGAAGAGGGCUGCCUGAUUGAUGAAAAUGAACCAGAAGUUGAUGACCAACAACCAGAUAAGGAUGUUGAAGAUCGUUUGAGAGAAAUAUUAGAAAGCGGAGUGAACAUCAAGAAGAAAUCCAUGGAAGUGCAAGCUGAGAGGAAAGAAAAUGAAGCUGAUGGUGGUGCAGAAUCUGAUGCCAUUUCAACAGAAAGAGAACCCAUUAUAAUGAACAAUGAAACUCAGGAUGAGCCUUUAAAUCCUUAUCCUAAAAAGAGGUCAAGUUCGUCAGCUAAUACAUCUAGAAAAGUUUCAGGUCUAACUGAGGAGACAAUUCCCCAUGAGAAGUUCCAACUGGCUGGAGAGCAUUCAAAGGGGCGGAAUUAUGCAUUUUGGAAUGGAAAACGUAAGAAGGUAAGGUGGAGUGAGGAAGAAGAAGAAAUGCUAAAGGAAGGCGUUCACAAAUUCUCAAUAACAGCUAAUAAGAAUAUACCAUGGAGGAAAAUCUUAGACUUUGGCCGUCACGUGUUUGAUGGGACCCGUACGCCAGCUGAUCUCAAGGACAAAUGGAGAACUUUGUGGGCUAAUAAGGUGUAGUAGCAGUUUAAAUACCCAGAAGUCAUUUUAGAAGUUCUCUUCUGGUGGAAUGUAAAGAAUGAAAAAGACCGAUAAAACCCUUGCAUCUUGCUUAGAGUGCCACUGUGCCUGGGGUUUCAUGGGAAUUCUCCUGUUGGGUAAUACAUGGGUAUGAUGUUGAAUCCUAAAAUUCUUUUGGGAUAAUUUUGAUAGCAUAUUACUGCAUGGUGUCCUUGUAGUUUACAUUCCUAAAUUAUUUUCCUUGUGAAUUGUAUUUUAGUUCCAUUCUUUUGUUUUUUAUCCGUGAAUUUAUUCAACAAGUUUUGAUUCGUGUGUG